CUAGACUCCACGAACAAACUCUACCGAACAACAUGAGGGUCAAUUUGUUAUGCCUGCUGGUCAGUCUUGCCGGAGCUGUCUCAGCUCUCUCCACUGGUCAGUCAAACUUGAUACAAUUGGCCAGCAGUCUUGGCGCCAACACUUUGGUCAGCUAUGUACAACAAGCUGGACUGACCGAUACUCUUGCCCACGGCGGCCCAUUCACCAUCUUCGCUCCAUCCGAUGACGCAUUCAAUCAACUUCCGCCAGAUGUGCUUAAUGCCCUCAAGCAGAAUGUUUCCCUCUUAAAAGACGUGCUCAAAUACCAUGUUGUUCGCGGGGACAUCCUUUCGUCCGACCUCAUCAAUGACUUCGUGUUGCCGACGUUGUUGCCCUACCGGAAAAUCAGAGUUAACAUGUAUCAAAAUAACACGAUAGUGAUGAUGACCGGAAGUAGGGUUACAGCAGUCGACAAGAUGGCAAGCAACGGAAUCAUACACGUGAUAGAUCACGUGAUGUACAACAUCCCGGACCAUAGCAUCCUCACUUAUGCCGCAUCCCAGCCAAACCUCGGACAGCUCGUGUAUAAUGCCAUCAGAGCAAACCUUCAGACCACUCUACAAGGAGGUCCAUUUACCGUGUUUGCCCCCGUCGACUCUGCCUGGUAUGAUCUCCCGCCAAACUUCCUGAACACCGUCUUUCUCAGCCUCAACAAAUCGCAAGAGCUGUUGGAAUACCACGUGGUCAGCGGGACGUACUAUAGUGGCGGACUCGUAGACGGACAAAAGGUUCCGACUGUGGCGGGCGGGAAUCUUACGGUACAGAUCAGCGGAGGUCAAGUUUUGAUUGACAAUGCUCACGUGACUCAUGCCGAUAUCAGCGUAACUAACGGAGUGAUACAUGUUAUUGACAAGGUGAUGGUACCAGCUGUGCUGAGAAACAUCACGUGAUCACUGAAGUUUAUACAUACCAUGCAUAUAAUAAUUUUCUCAUCUUCGUCAUUGUUAUUUGUUAUUAAUAAAAGAAUAUACUCAUU